UUAGAAGGCUCAAGGAGAAUUUCAACAAUUUCAUUUCUUUGUAUUUGAAUUAAAGUAUCAAGUAUGCCCUAACUUACAAUUUUGGAACUAUUUGAAGGGUGAAGUGAACAAAACAGUAGAUUGAAGAAAAACGCCGAUGUGAACUUCAUGGAUUCCUCGAGAGAUUUUUAAGUUUUGCCUGCAACAAGGAUAAGAUAUGCUAACAUUCCAUAAUUUGGAGAGUACUCUUUUAGUAAUUUGCGGAUUGAUGAAUAUAGAAUAUUUCUCUAGAAUCUGAAAAGAAGGGACCUAAGAUGAAGCAGACGUAUCAUUGUUUGACCUUGACCUUUAGUGACCUUUCGGGGUCAUUCAACGACCUUGAAUACUCCAUGAAAUGGUGCUCAAACAUGUGUGUAUGCAAUAGAAUUCCUCUGUGAUAGUUGGACGCGUUCCACCGCAAAGCUGGCCUCCAUGCAUGUGCUGACGGGUUCGCCCAACAAAGUGAAGGAUGCGUUUCGAAAACUCUCCAUUCGCUAUCGGAGGAAAAAGGUUCGGAGGGGAGAGGAGAAUCGACCACAUUCCUUUGUAAACAGCCAAGAAUGGACGUUGUCGCGGUCGGUGCCCGACAUCAAGCUGGUAAGUCCUUGCGUGCAUCGACUUACAGAUAUCAAGUUGGGGAUCCUUGGUUCGAUUCACAGCGGCAAGUCGGCGCUAGUUCACCGCUAUCUCACAGGCUCGUACAUGCAAGAGGAGUCGCCUGAAGGUGGGCGAUUUAAAAAGGAAGUAAUGAUUGACGGGCAAAGCUACCUACUCCUCAUACGAGAUGAGGGUGGACCGCCCGAAUUACAGUUCACACAUUGGGUCGACGCCGUCAUCUUUGUGUUCAGCCUGGAGAACGAGAUGAGUUUCCACACUGUCUACAACUAUUUCUCAAAGAUGGCGCACUAUAGGAACACGACGGAAAUCCCGCUUAUAUUGGUCGGGACGCAAGAUGCCAUAUCCGAAAGCAACCCCCGCGUGAUAGACGACAUGCGAGCGAGAAAGCUUGCCAGUGAUUUAAAACGGUGCUCAUAUUAUGAAACAUGCGCCACCUACGGGCUAAACGUUGAACGAGUGUUUCAAGACGCCUGUCAGAAAAUUGUGCAAUCUCGGAUCAACCAGUCUUUGACACCGAACAAUUCCCGGCCAAGUACACCAAAUCAUUCAAUACCGCGUGGCUACUUGACGCAGACGGCCACGAACAAAAGUUACGACAGUUCCAGUGGACAGUCGACGUCGGGUUCGGGUAAUCUGCCAACGGCAACGCCCAGUAACAGUAGUCAUAAUAUACAAGUAAGUCAGAGUCGGACGUUGCUAAAUUCCUCAUCGUUUGGAUUUCAGAGUCAGACAUUGCCUUAUAAGGAGCACUAUCGCGACAAGAAGCACAAGGAACGUAAGGAGAAGGUGGAGGGCGUGCCCGGACAGAUUCAGCAGGAACAUUACGUGUAUACCGUGCCGCAGGGCGACCAACGAGAUGCUCAACAACAACAGAUGAUAGUCUGGAGUCCCGCGUACGCCAUCACGGAGCCGACCUACGGCCGCCAAGUCAGUCAGGAGUUGCGCAAUCCCUCGUUAACCCCCUUACCUCCGAGACGGAACAAAAAACCACAGCAUUUGCAGAAAUCGAACUCGUUUAAUGGUGCUAGUGAAAUGCGGGAACUGCCCUCGCCAGUCGGCACGCCGCUUUUAAGUCGGAAAAAGAAUUCCUCGGUCCGUGGGCACAGCGAUCGAAGUUACAGUGCCUCCUCAUCCACAGAAUCGGCCAGUAAUACCCCUCAGUCACAGCGCUCAUACAAAGACAAACAGCCUUCGGAGGGCAAGGACCUACCCACGCCCAGUAGUACGCCGACGCAAAGCCGAAAAAACCGACGGCGGUCUAAUCUCUUUACAUUUCCGCGACCCGGUUUAGAUGCCCAGGUUUCUGUCGACGGUAAAACCCACCAAGAUAAGCAAAAGAAGGGUGAAGAAGAAAAAGUAAAAGAAAAGGGCGCGACUGUGCAGAAAAACGGGUCAGACUCGCUUGGCUCGGGUCGGUCUAUACCGAUCAAACAGGGUUACUUAUACAAACGAUCAACCAAGUUAGUUAAUAAAGAAUGGAAGAAGAAGUAUGUCACGUUACUGGAUAACGGGAAGUUGACGUAUCAUCCUAAUUUACACGAUUACAUGGAUGACCAAAAGGGGAAGGAGAUCUCACUUAUCCGCACGACAGUUAAAAUCCCAGGAAUGUUAAAACCGCGCUGUGCGACGAAGAUGGGCAUGUCGACCAACGGCCUGCUCAAAACUCAGCUAAAUGACCUCUCUAGCAGAGAAGGUAGGAAGAAUGGCCGGGAAGAUUCAUUAGUCAUUUCAAAUACCUCCGUCACACCAGCGAACCUGCAUGUCGAAUUACAACGUCGGUUUGAACAGAUACAUCUAUAUUCUGACGAGACCGGCGACUUGGAAAUGGCGUUACUACAAGUAGGACAAAAUAGCGCUGGCGUAGUCAACUCAAAAAUAGAAACGCCCAAUGUGAAAAAGCGGCACAGACGAGCGAAAAGUAGCGGGCCUAAAAACGAUGCUAGUCAAGUUGGUGAUGAUGACGAUGAUUACGAAUUCAUCAUCGUCUCGUUAGAUAAUAAAUCGUGGCAUUUCGAGGCGUCAAGUCACGAGGAGCGGGAGGAAUGGGUUUCGGCCGUGGAACAACAAAUUUUAUGUUCGUUACAAGCUUGUGAAAGUGGAAAGUCAAAGAGUCGAAGCAAUACGUUGACCGACCCGUCAGCCGUACAGGCGAUACGGAGUGUCCGUGGCAACCAAAAUUGUUGUGACUGUGAUGCUCCCAAUCCUGACUGGGCUAGCUUGAACCUUGGUGCUUUAAUCUGUAUAGAAUGCUCAGGAAUUCACCGAAACCUAGGAACACAUCUAUCUCGGGUUAGGUCGUUAGAUUUAGAUGAGUGGCCUCCUGAACUAGUAGCGGUAAUGACAUGCAUAGGAAACACGUUAGCUAACAGCGUCUGGGAGGCGGCACCCAAAAACCGUAUGAAACCUUCGCCCUCGUCGCCGCGGGAAGAAAAAGAGAUUUAUAUCCGCGCGAAAUACGACAAAAAAGAAUGGUUGCCGCCAUUGCCAUAUCGCGAUAUCCCAGCGGGACAGGUAAGGACCGAACCGGGCGUGGCACAGCAAUUAAUAGAUUCCAUAGUUCGUGACGACAUCCGAAAUGUGAUAAUACUCUUAGCAUAUGCAAGCCCUGAACACGUCAAUUCUCCGUACAGUAAACAGGAUGCGCGAACCGCCCUCCACAUUGCAGCCGCUUUGGGCAACUUUGUUUACGUGCAGUUACUAUUAUGGUACAAUGCAGACGUAAAAGUCGUCGACCACGACGGCAGAAACGCACUCUACUACGCCAGGACAUCUGAAGUGCCCGAAUGCAUCGAACUACUCAAAAACAGCGGCUGCCCAGAAUGUCCCACGUUACCGCGGCGACGGAAUUCGCAACAGCAACAACAGAUGAUGUACCCGCAACCGUUACAACAGAACCAGUUGCCACCUCCCCCUCCACCACCACAAGCCCCGCAACCAAUCUACGUGCCACAACCGAAAGUUCCCAUGCCACCAGUUGUGCCAACCUUACCAUCGCAACAGGGUCAAGGACAAGGGGACGUGUUUGAUAAGUUACCGGCGAGCGUUAUAUAAGCUCCUUCCACAUUUUGAGCGUUUCGUGCGUACUUGUCUUGACCUGUUUGGCCUGCUGGUAAUGCCCCUUCCCAGAUUAAAAUUCUGACUCACAAGUGUGAAAUGGACUAUGGGUCAUCAAGAAAUAAAAGUUGGGCGUGUCACUCAUUCAAAACAGGACUUGAGCAGACGUUAUCCAGGACUAAUUGCAGACGUGAACCAUUAUCCACAUUUCCUCAAAGCUGUGGCAUGGGUGGGUAAAUGAUCGAAGAAAUAUUGAUCAUAUGUGACCCAUCGAAACAAAAUUUCUUCAAUUUUUUCCUAAAUAUUGUGUCAGUUGUUGAAACAGACAGCACCUCCCAAGUAAUAAAAUAGUGUCAACAAAAAUUGGCUUGAAUUACCCUCUUAUCAUCCCCUUACCAAAGCUUCAUAUACCCUCAGGCCAAAAGCUUCGUAUACCCUCAGGCCAAAUUGGGCUCAAGUCGAUUGCAAUUUUCAGCACAUGUCAUGGUAACUUGACCUAUAACCAGCAUUGCAUUUUGUGUUCGAAUAGUACUGACGUUUCUAUUCUCGUUAACGUGGCACGAACUGAUACGUCACGAGGACCAUCUCAUCGAGAAUAAACCUGGAUACGGUUUUUACGAUUCAUUGUUUUAUAUGAAUGUAUCUGAGAUUUCUUGUAUGUUUGCAGAUUAUAGACUUUGUAUAAAUGUACAAAUGCGACUGGUACUAAAAUAUUAUGACUAAGUUAUGAAAAACAGCUGUUAGUAGAUGAUUAUACUAAAAGUUAGCAGGUUUUAGAGGCCAAACGCCGUCGCCAGGCACUCUCGAGUUUCGUUCUGAUCCUUGUGCUACAGAGGAACAAAUUUAAAAAUGCCCGUAAGGUGCUACCAUCUCUUGGGGACGAUGGUUGAUGGACCUUCAAUUGGGCUGAUGAUAUCUUUUAUGAAUGUUCCAACCAAAUGUCAACCAUCGUUGGGGGGGGAAAUUUUGUGCGGCUUUCUGACGAAUUUUCCAAAAUCAGUUUCAAAACCAGCUCUAAAGAUGUGAAGUAUUUUUUGACGAAAUUGUAGAUAGUAGCCUGAAUCAUUCAGCCAUCGAUACGUCGGCAACAUGCAUGAUUGACAGUCUGGGCUAGAUUUAUCUUGAAGUAUAGAUAUGUUGGAAACGAUUUGUUUCAAUGACACAAAAGUCUCUAUGGAGACUGUAUCACUUGGGCCUAUAGCAAACCGACGAUGGCUGAGUUAUUUUGGCUAUGUAUAUAGUGCUCUGGUGUAGUUUAUGGAAAAUGUGUUAAUAAAAACGCCAGUCGACAGCGUAUGUGCAAUAAUGAUAAAGUUUGUGUAGAGUAUGAUUUUCGGGCCAAGUUUAGUUUAAACGUCAGUGUCCCUCUGUUUUGACUGGGCUUUAGAAGGCGUCGUCACAAGAUGUGAGGCUUACUGUGGGACUUAAUAAUAGGCUUGGGAUGAUACUUAAAAGUUUCCUGAAAUAUUGGUUAGGGCCUAAAUAUAUAGAAUUCUAGAUUUAAAGCAACACUGCAAUAUUUUAUUUUAUGACAAAAAUGCUUUAAAAGCUUGACCUACUGUAAAACCGGAGAUUUUUUUUUUUUCGCAAUGUAUAACUUGUAUUCGAGAAGUUGAAAUAAUCGAAUAUCUUUUCGCGGCUGAAGAAAAUAAGAGUGUUUACCGAUCACAGUUGAACAAUCUUGGCAGUCUUAAGUCAUUUGAAAUAAAAAUUCAUGGAGAAAAUAAUCUCAUUUGUAAGUUAUUGUCCUUUGCCUAAUACUGGGUGUAUGUUUUGUGAUUAUUCAAUUUCUAAGGUCAGAGGUCAGUGAAUAUUAAUGGGUGAACGAUAUGACUGAUGACCAUAGAAUGGUUCGUAUCAUUUGUUGGACUUAAAGUGAUUUUAUCCGUGCAUUCAGGUUUUGAAUUUGUCCUCAGUCCUCAGACUGGCUUUGAUGAAAAUUAUUGUAGUUUCACCAAUCUCGGAUAAAAGACGCUGAAAUCGCAACGUCGCCGAACUUGGACGUCUUGACUUUCGAACAACUUGCUUGGGGAACUACUGACACACCCCACUAAAAUGGACUUUGAGAAAGAUUUUGCAUGGUAGGAUAAAAGCACUUUAAUUUGCAGUGUUGUGGCUUGGCAUGUUUUCAUAUCAAGUUUUUUUGUACAAAUUUUUCAUCAUUUUACUUUUCAAAAGUUUCGCUUUUGAUGAAGAAGUUUUCCGUCUGUGAGCGUAAUAGUGUUUCGUAAAACCAGAGGCUGGUUAUCUGACUGUUCAGUUGUAUCUUUUACCAUGGUGACAAUGGUAACUCACUUUUUUAUGGAAAGGGGCUUUAACGGUUUCUUAUUUUCGAGGUCGAGAGACUUUAUUACCAACGGGUGGCAGCAGUUGUUACUUGUCAAAUGCAGUACAGAACCUUUUCUCCAUGAAAUCGACAUAGCUGGAGAUUUAUUGUGUAUGGACCGGUAAAACUGCAGCUGCUUUUUGUCAGUAAAGUCUUCUUCACUCAGUGUUUGAAAAUUGCAAGUUAGUAGAUUCUGCCUUUAGGACGGGGCCCCGUAUGUGACAUAAAUUCCAUGAUCUUGUGAAGUAAUGUAAAAUAGCAAGAGAUGCUGGAGAUAAUAGCAAUUGUUUCCAAAACUGUUGAUUUCAUCAAGUUGCUUGACAUGGCAAAAUUCUUCUGCCAUUUCUUGGAAGAGUUUGCUUUCAUUUCAACAGAAUUAUUGUAAUCUGGUUGUACAUUUCAUGUAUUAUAGCAGCAUAAUAUUUAUGAGUGAACAUUUGUGCCUGUAUAGGGAUGCUGGACCUCUCUCGGCUCGGCCUGCAACUGGAAUUGGAAAAGAAGAUUCAUGGGGAUUUUUUUGAGGUAACUAAAUCCCUCAGAUUACAAACUACAUGUGAAAAGUCCUGAUAUGUUGCGAAUUUUGUUUGUCUCUAGGCAGUCCCUUCUGUUCAAUGUUUUUCUAAUGCCCCAAGGGAAUAUCACCAAUUGGAACAAAAGAUAAAUAUUGAGGCGUUAAUUCAUCAGAGGUGUGACUUAAAUUUGUAUUUUCUGACCUGCCUAUACAUGAACUCUUGGUAAUUGUGGGCCAAAAGUCGCAGUUGAUAUUGAGCUCAUAUGCAGCUUUUGUGAGUAAUCUAAUGACAGCAACAAAAUAAUAUGAAAUUUUACCAGUUACCUCAUGACAUUGCAGCUCUGACAUGCUUCUGUUCUCGAAACAAUCCUAGUCAGUUGAUAUAAAUGCAUUUGAAGCCUCCAGGCUGCACAGAUUUCUUUGAAAGGUGCAGCUUUUAAAGACGGGUUGACUUUAUUCACACUUUCAGGAUUAUAAAUGUUCAGCCCUACCGCAAACAAUCUUGGAAAGGGAACGUGACAAAAAUUCGGGUCAAAAAUUACUUGAUCCUAAUUUUGGAGUAAAAGGUUUUUGGUUCGGGGUAGAGGAUUUACUGCCAGAUUUUUUGAAAAAGUACAUACAGGUACAGGUCACACGAAAAAAAUUCCAAAUAUUAACAAAAGCUGCAGACGUUUUAUCAGACCAGAGUCUGGUUUGUAUAGAUUAUUUGCACUAAUGUCAUCUUGUUUUGUUGCUAGGGGUAACCUGCAUGCACGUUUUUCAACAAAGCUUGCCAUGCAUGAGGUAUCCAUGCAUUGAGCCAGGUGAAAACGAUCUGAUUCGUCAGGGUCCGAUUUUCUUUUUUCACCCGAGCCUGUGUCGUUCCAUUUGAUGGGUGAGAAAAUAUCAAACAUUUGUGAAAUUGUGUCGAACAUCAAAUGGUCAUACCGUCUUCUCAAUACUGUUAGCUCCGUUGCCAUGGAAACUUGUGUUUCUUACUAUAAUAUAUGAGUUCUGGUUCAAAUUUAUAAUGUAUGAAUAUGGGGUUCUGAGUGUUCAGACAUUUGUAAAUAUUUUAGAGAUUUAAAUGAGCCCUGUACAAAGUUCUAACGUGAAUAUGUGUGAAAGUAUUCUAUGAUAUUGUUAUGAUAGUUUCCAAAAUGGCUGCUGUGUUGCCUUGGUAAUAUGUGAUGUUGUCAUGGUGAUUUAUAGUGUUGCCACGGUUAGUACACUGUUGCUAUGGUUACAUGUAAAUUUAUCAUAUGGUGAUGACGAGUUUAAUACACUGUUGCUAUGGUUGUCAUCACUGUAACCUUGGUAGCAGAUGGGUUGCCAUGGCAACCUUCACAAUCAUCACGGUGACAUUCAUUGACAGCCGAUAGAAAUAUUCAAAUUGCUGCAGUAAUGUGGUUGAUGGAGAAAUAUGUAUAUCUUGAGUAUCAUUAUGUCCUGAACAGAAUCCAUUUGUGACAGAUGUCAAUACCGCAAAGUUUUACCCCUUUUUUAGGGGUAUUUGAUUGUUUUUUUGGAACAAAAGACAGUGUUGGGGUAGGUCUUCUGAACCAAUGAAGGACUUAGGGCACACAGAAUAUGAUAUCAGUGCAAUUUGGAAAGAACUGAAUUGCUGUCAACUGUCCUCAACCUGUUGAGCAGAGACAUUGAAUUGGAUCGAAGAGAAAAAGUGCUCUCAGCAUCAAUUCUGGAUGGCAGCACUGUCCAUCUACUCUUGUCAACGCCUUUUUUUCAAAAGUGCAUUCAUGUCUUGUGUGCUCUAUGCCCUUCAGAUAUUGAAAUACAUUUCACCACCAAAAUUUUUCAAGUCAAGUCGAGCAUAGUUUUUGUAGAUAUUGUGUAGAUUUUAGUCCUUAGGUAAACAAGUUAGUUAUGUGGCCAAAUCAGAAUUUAUUGACUAAUUAAGUAAACGAUAAUCAAGUACUUUGUGAAAUAUGGUGAACUUAUUAGAUAUGGAAUAUUAUGAAAAAUAAACACUUGCAUUUUUCAGUAUAUAA